UGGAUUUUAUGUUUUCAAUUGAAUGGCUCUAAAUAAUCACGACGUUCAAAUAGAUUUGUCUAACACUGAAUUAGAUCGAACUGAGGUAAAAGCUAGUGAGACCAUGUCAAGUCUGCCGACUCAAAGUCGCAAGAAACUAAUCGUCUGUUGUGCCGGAAUAUUUAUCUGUUAUUUCUACUAUGGGAUUAUUCAAGAAAGAAUAACCAGAGUUCCGUAUGGGGAAGAAAAAGAAAAGUUUGUCUAUCCUAUGACUUUGGUUUUUAUACAAUGUAUAGUAAAUGCUCUCUUUGCAACAGUAGUUAUCAAAUUGACAUAUUCUUCUUCUGACAUUGAUCGAACACCAAAAUCACUGUACAUCUGGUGUGCAUUUUCAUAUGUUGGCGCAAUGCUUGCAAGUAAUGCAGCCCUGCAGUAUGUUAGUUAUCCAACUCAGGUUUUAGGAAAGUCAGUGAAACCAAUACCAGUAAUGAUUCUUGGUGUUCUUAUUGCAAAGAAGAGAUAUCCUCUUGCAAAAUAUCUGUUUGUCCUCAUGAUUGUAUGUGGAGUAGCGUUAUUUUUGUAUAAAGAUAAAAAGCAGAAGACGGAUCAACAUCAUGAUCCUGUCAUCGGAAUUGGUGAGAUUCUACUGUUAGUAUCUUUGACCCUUGAUGGAAUGACCGGUGCGACGCAGGACAAAAUGAGAGUAGAAUAUAACAUACGAUCACAUUACAUGAUGCAAAAAAUUAACAUUUGUUCAUUUUUCAUCCUUGGAACUGGUAUUGUUAUGACCGGGGAAAUUUGGAAAUCAAUCGCAUUCUGUCAACGCCACCCAUCAGUUUUACCAAACAUGCUAUCAUUUAGUAUUGCAAGUGCUUUAGGACAGAACUUUAUAUUUAUUACUGUUACGACAUUUGGACCACUGACGUGUUCAAUAGUGACCACAACAAGAAAAUUCUUUACAAUAUUGGCCUCAGUUUUAUUUUACGGCAACGCUUUGGUUUCCAGACAGUGGCUUGGGGUGCUCUUUGUUUUCCUGGGUCUCGGGCUUGACAGCCUCUUUGGAAAAACUAGAAAAUAAUUUCAACCACUAAGCAAAUUUGUUUGUGCGAAACGAAGUCCAUCAUGUUUGUUUGUGCGAAACAAAGUCCAUCGAAAACCAAGUUAGAAAACCGGAGUCCAUCAGCAUGAUCGGUCAAUGAAUUAUAACGUUAGCUGCGAAAAUGGAGGAUCGCUUCUUACGUCACAAUCGUUCGCACAAACAAAUUCGCGUAAUGGAGAACAGCUUUAAAACCUAAUGGGAAAAAGUCAAAGCUGGCGGCCGAUGGUGUUCAAUCUCACAAGGAGAACGGAUCCCAAAUGGUUGAAAUUGCGGCUAAGAAACGUCAAAUUUUGGAUACUCUUCUCUGGUUUGUGUAAAAGGCGUGGACGAUUUGUACAAUAAAUAUCUA